UUUUCCCAGUGGCCAUAAUUUAAUACUGCUAUACUCAAGAAGAUGGCAGAAAAGCAGGAGGAGCCCAGCAACACCCAGAACGGUGAACCUGACAACGCAGAAGAAGGCGAGGAAAAAAAGAAGAAGAAGUUGAAGCGGGAAGACCUGCCACCAUUUGAAAUCGUGACAGGGGAGCGCCUCCCAGCCAUAUUUUUCAAAUUCCAGUUCAGGAACGUGGAAUACAGCUCAGGCAGGAACAAAACCUUCCUGUGUUACGUUCUCGAGACCCAAGGCAAAGAGUCAGUGACUUCUCGGGGUUACCUGGAAGACGAGCAUGCAGCCGCCCAUGCAGAAAUGGCUUUCUUCAACACAAUUUUACCAAAGUGCGAAUCAAGCCUCCGCUACAACAUCACCUGGUACGUCUCCUCCAGUCCCUGUGUGACCUGUGCUGAUCGGAUAACCGAGAUGCUAAAGAAGAACAAGAACCUGCAUCUGACAAUCAUGGUAGGGCGCCUCUUCAUGUGGGAAGAGCCAGAAAUGCAGGCUGCCCUGAAAAAAAUGAAGUCAGCUGGCUGCAAGCUGAGGAUUAUGAAGCCUCAAGACUUUGAGUAUGUCUGGCAGAAUUUUGUGGAACAGGAGGAAGGAGAGGAAGCAAAGGCUUUCGUGCCGUGGGAGGACAUUCAAGAGAACUUCCAGUAUUAUGAAGAAAAGCUGGCUGAAAUUUUGCACUGAAGCUCACGACCAAUUCAGGAAAGAUCUAUGAAGAGAGAUGCAAUGGACAUCUGGGACACUCCAGCUUUCCAAAGCUUUGAUUCCAGCAGGACAGAGUACCAACUUCUGGAAGACUAGGCCCUGAUGGACUACAAAUACAUAUACAACACAGAUCUUUGGUGUUUGGAAUUUUUUUGGUUUAUUUUUUUCCUCCCCACCCCAAACCCAUGCUGCCUCUGCUGAUAGGAAAAAAGGCAGCAACAUACUGUGUGCUUAAAGCCUUGAACGAGAUGGAUUGCAGUGGACCUACAGGAAAGACUGUAGGCCUCACAUACCGGGACUACUUUACGAGAAAAGAUCUUAGAACAAAGCUGCCAAUUAGACAAAUGUGUUUAGAAAGUACAUACUUCAUAAAUGUAAAGAAGAAAGGGAUUUAAGAUGAAAAAAAAGGUUUUCUCAAUAAUCAAAUCCUCAAUAAUCAGAGCUGUGAUUUAAAUUACAGCUAACUGCUCUAUUCUAAGUUAUGAUGGAACCCUAAGUACUUGAUUUCAAAUACCUUCUCCCCUUAUUCAAUGUUGUUUGUAAAAACUGGGAAAAGCAAAGUAAAAUAAAAUUGGAAGUCACUGCAAAAGC